CAACGCCUGAAACAGCAAAGGGAAGAGAGAAGAAAUUAUUCCUGAGGAAAUGCACCUUUGUUGUUCGGUAGUAACGGAUACGUUAUUUGGAUUACUUAAUUAGAUUACAAAAAUCAAGAGUCUGCAAAUAGAAUAUGGUAUAUUUUAUUUUUCUUAUGACACGAUUACACAUGAAUCAGCAAGAGUAAUUGACUGUUUUUGUUAGAACGCUUUCUAAGAGCUGUACACGCCGGAGCUUCGUGUGAAGAUGGAGCGGUCUCGUUCAGCAUUUGACCACUGGAUGCACAAACACCACUUCACGUUCAGAGACACAAGAGGGAGAAACAUUACUGUUCAGUGCAACCUCUGCCUCCCAAAGAUCAACAUCUUAUCCACUGCAAGGGACUCGACGUCUAAUCUAAAGAAGCAUUUGGAGUGUCACUCACCUUGCCAGAUGCGCAAACGCCAGCACAGCGAAAUAUCGGAGCCUGAGCCUCUUUUUCACCCAUCCAAGCGACUAAGGUCUGCUGUAUGGGAGUAUUUUGGGUAUGUAAAAGACCCAGGAGGCACCAUCAAUGUUGAUGGUUAUCCAAUUUGUAGAAUGUGUCGGAAAAAAGUGUCUGCUCGGGCAGGCAACACCUCAAACAUGGCGCACCAUCUCCGUGACCACCAUCCCAAGGAAUUUGCAAAGAUGAAUAGAAAGCAUUCUGUGGUGUGUAGGAGAAAAAUAAGAGAUACACCAAGCAGUGAUGCACCAAGCAGUGAUGGACCAAGCAGUUAUGGACCAAGCAUUUUGGAAAAGGAAACGGCAGAACCAUCUGAAGCAAAAGAAGCUAAGAUUGAUCCCACAAUUUAUUAUCAAACAUCGCAAUCAAGGCUAAAUACCCUGGUUUUCAAUUUCAUUGUGGAGGAUGUGCAACCUAUUUCCAUUCUAGAGCAAGCUGGUUUCAGGAGGUUGAUCGAAAUUUUAAGCAGGGGCAAAAAAGUCAUGAGUCAAAAUGCUUUUAUCACCAAACUUGAAGUAGUAUUCAAUAAAAUGAAAGGGGAGCUAAAAGUGAAACUCGACAGAGUGAAGACAUUAUGUACAACUGCUGAUGUAUGGUCUGUGCAGGACAGAAGUUAUUUUGGAAUGACUUGUCACUGGCUGGAGGACAAUCUAGAAAGGAAGUCUGCUGCUCUUGCCUGCACAAGAAUCCCCAUCAGCUACACUUGUGAAACCAUCAUUGCUAAAAUUCAAGAAAUUCAUUCUUCCUAUAACAUCGAGAGCAAGGUUCAGGCCACCGUCACUGACAAUGGUAACAAUUUCAUUAAAGCCUUCAAAGAAUUCUCCUCUGAGGAUGACCAAGAUGUGGAGCAAAGUCAUUUUGAGGAUUUGGGCAGUAUUCUUUGUGAUGGAGAAAUGGGUGGAGACUUCUUUCUGAGUUAUUUCUUGCCACCCCACCAACGGUGUGCUUCUCAAACACUGAACUUGAUUGCCUCAAAGGAUCUAGCGGAUGCUGUCUCAAAGGGACAGACAGGUAAACUGCACAGCAGCGCAACUGAAAAAUGUGCAGCAAUAUGGCACAAGGUCCAAACUUCCACCGUAGCUGCUGAUGCAAUGGAAUCCAUUGCGAAAAUGAAAUUCACAUUUCCUUGUCUCAAUCAGUGGAGCUCAGAAUACUAUGCCAUUAACAAGCUGAUAUCACUUACUGAUUCGCAGCUCAACGAAUUGACCGAAGUCUUAGGUGUUCCAUGUUUUACACCUGAUGAAACUGCGUAUCUCACAGAAUAUACUGACGUUUUCAAACCAGUGGCUUUUGCGCUUGACCUUCUACAUGGUGAAGAAAAGUGCUUCCUUGGCAUUGUGAUACCAACGUUGUUGACCCUUAAAAGGAAGCUUGAGGAAAAGGCAGCAAACACCCGCCUUUUCUCCAAGGUCAUCGACAGCACUGUUAAGGCUAUUGACUCUCGCUUCAAGCAGGUGUUUGACAGUUCUGAUGCCAGAUUGGCCACAGCCACCAUGCCACAGUUUAGACUUUGGUGGUUACCAGAAGAUGAGAGGGAGAGUCUUCGAGCACAGUUGGUCACUGAAGUAUUACAGGUCGACCAAGGGACUGAAGAAACUGAGACCAAUGGAGGCUCUGUUCAUGAGGAUGAAUUCUUCUCAUAUGGACCUGGGAGUUCUAGCAACAAAGGUGGAAAGAGGGAAGCAUCGGAAGAGGUGUGGCUGUAUCUUCAGGGCACAAACAAAGAUCUGAAAUGCUUAAAUGAAUUUCCUGGAGUGAAAAAAGUGUUCAUCAAGUUCAAUACAACUCUACCCUCAAGUGUUCCAGUACAACAGCUCUUCAACAAUGGGGGCAAUAUUAUGACCCCAAAAGGACAUCACCUCUCAGAUGAACAUUUUGAGCGUGUACUCCUUUUACGUUACAACAGCAAAAUCACCACUGCUUUGGAAUAAUUCAUGGAGUAACACUACUGUAAAUAGAUUCUUUUUAAUUUUGGAUAGUUAAUAGGAUGUAUGACACCCCCCCCCCCCCCCUUUAGUUAUUCCACGAAAAAGCAUGUGCAACCAAAAAGCUUUGGUCAACGUUUAUUUCUUAGUACACAUGCAUACAAAAAUAAAUAUUACUUUUAAAGUUUAGACUAGUGGUUCUAGAACUGUUCAUACAACAUGUUAGUCCUAGAAUAAUCUAAAUGUAUAAAGAUUAGUUCUUACUCUAAAUCAUGAUUUGAUGUUAAGAGCUGUUGCUCAAUGCUUUAAAAAAUGCAUAACUGUAACCAUGUUAAAGCACCAGGGGCCCGUUUCAGAAAGGAGGUUAAGUGAAAACUCUGACUAUGUUAACCCUGAAAUGAGGGAAACUCUGGGUUUUCCAUUUCAGAAUGGGAGGUUUGUCAAACCUGAAAAAACAGAGUAGUCAAGCCCGUUUCUGAAUGAGAGGUAACUUACUCUGUAAACCUAGCCUGGUUGGGAGCAGGUUUUCUUCAGUAAAUCCAGAGUUUCUUAUGGUCUCCUCACUUUUUUUAAACGUAAGCGAUGUUUAAAUACUUCUUAUUUUCAUGCUGUAAAAAUUAUUUUCUUACUGUGUAUUUUUGUCUUAUUUCAAGUACAAAUAUCUAAAAAAUUAUUACGUUAAGAUGCAAUUUCUAUAGAUGAAAAAUGUAAGAUAUUUAGUCUUGUUUUCUGGGGGAAACAAGUGUAUUUAAGUCCAUUUUACCUAAAACAUGUGAAAUUGUCCGCCAUAGGGUAAGAAAAAUCUUAAUGCAAACAGAAAUAAGCAUAUUUUUUAUUUCUUACCCCACUGGAAGAAAUUUAGCAAAAAAAGAAAAAUGCACUUCAAUUACACCCCCACCCCCCAAUGGAAGCAAGACUAAAUACCUUAUGUCUUUUUUAUGUAGUAAAUGCAUGAUAAUAUAAGAAUAUGUACGAUAUUUUGACUGGAAAUAAGAAGGCAAAAGUUCUAAGCAAGUAAAGCAUUUUUUUUGCAAGAAGUUAAACUAUGUGGAAAAACAUGCUGUGCAUUGUAAUGGACACUGAAUGAUAUUUAAAGGGUUAGUUCACCCAAAAAUUUAAAUUAUGUCAUGAAUGACUCACCCUCAUCUCGUUCUAAACCUGUAAGACCUCUGUUCAUCUUCGAAACAGUUUAAAAUAUUUUAGAUUUAGUCUGAGAGCUUAGUCCCUCCAUUGAAACUGUUUGCACCGUAUACUGUCCAGAAAAGUAAUAAAAACAUCAUCAAAGUAGUCAAUGUGACAUCAAAGGGUCAGUUAGCAUCAUAAAUUCAUUUACUCAAACAGUACACUGACUGAACUGCUGUGAAGAGAGAACGCCGAGCCAGAUAAUGAACGAAAGAUUGACUUGUUCUCGAGUCAAGUGAAGUGAAAGUGAUAUUCAGCCAAGUAUGGUGACCCAUACUCAGAAUUUGUGCUCUGCAUUUAACCCAUCCGAAAUGCACACACACUGUGAGCACACACCCGGAGCAGUGGGCAGCCAUUUAUGCUGCAGCGCCCGGGGAGCAGUUGGGGGUUCAAUGCCUUGCUCAAGGGCACCUAAGUCAUGGUAUUGAAGGUGGAGAGAGAACUGUACAUGCACUACCUCCACCCACAAUUCCGCCCGGCCCGAGACUCGAACUCACAACCCUUCGAUUGGGAGUCCGACGCUCUCACCAUUAGCCCACGACUUCCCCUACUGGUUGCAUCGGUUUUCGGCUCACCAUUAGUGAUGGGAAGUUCGGUUCUUUUCCUUAAACCGGUUCUUUCGGACAGUUCUAUUCCAUAAACCGGUUCAAAAAACAGUUCACCGGUUCUUUUGCUCUCGACGUAAUGGCAUCAUUGCCGAUGAUUGGCCUUCAUUCAAGCCUUCGGUUUACCCGUGCUCAUAACAUUAGCACAGAAUCAGUUCAGAAUCAAUCACCAAAAGAACCAAUUCGGUUCAGACGCGCUGUGUGUCAGUCUACUUCACGCUGAAUCACGCAUGCGCAGUAUCAUCAGCUCAGACGUGUCCGACAGAAACGGUUCUUGACUCGAGAAUAAGUCAAUCUUUCAUUCGUUAUCAGGCUCGGCUUGGUGUUCAUCUUCAGUUCUCUCUUCACAGCAGUUCAGCCAGUGUACUGUUUGAGUACAUGAAUUACUCAGGGAUAUUGGUUUGUUUGAACUCAGAGGGAGUGUCAGCCACAUUAAAAAAAGUUAACAGCUUAAGUAAUUUGUGGAUUAAUGCUUAUUGGAGACGCGAACUGUUUCAAACUAUUCGGUUCGAUUUGGUGAACCGGUUAAAUCGAAUGAUUCGUUCGCGAACCGGACAUCAAUACACUGCAGUGAACAUGCUCACAACAGACCUGGAAGAGAAGACAAUGCUGAAUAAAGUCGUAAUUUUUGUUAUUUUUGGACCAAAAUGUAUUUUUGAUACUUCAACAAAUUCUAACUGACCUUCUGAUUUUCCAUGGACUACUUUGGUGGUGUUUUUAUUAACUUUCUGGACAGUAUAUCAUACAUUUGCAAUGGAGUGACAGAAAGCUCUCUGACUAAAUCUAUAAUAUCUUAAACUGAUCCCGAAGAUGAACAGAGGUCUUACGGGCUUGGAGCGACAUGAGGGUGAAUCAUUAAUGACAUAAUUUUCAUUUUUGGGUGAACUAACCAUUUAAUGUCAAAUGUUUGUAAAGUCAUGUAGCCUACACCCAAGAAUGUAUUAUGCAUAAAACUUUAACUUGAUUGAAAUGUUUUUUUAAUUCAUAUCUAGAUGCUGAUACAUUCCUUUGAAUGAAUAUUUGUUCAAUAAUUUUAGUUUUCACCUCUGAUAUUAUAACUGUGAUUAAGAAUUACAGUUAUUCAUUGACUCAGAAGUAUGCAGACAUCUUUUUGUCUGUGCUGUUGCCAUGGUGAAUCAUAUUUUAGGAGCUCCAUUGAUUAUGACUUCUCAUAGUCGUGGUGCACGUGCUAAACUCAGUCAGCCUACUCCGAUUUGAUUGAACGAACACAAUUUAGCUGUUCUGAAACCGAAAAUCAGUUUCCCGUCUCAGAGUAAGUCAACUCAGAGUUUGUUUCAACUCCGAGUUAGUUAAACCUCCUUAUUGAAAUGGGCCCCAGGUUGCUUAAUUGCUUAGCAGUCAUAAACAAACUAUAUCACAUAGUGGAGUUAUUGUCCAUUCUGAUUCUUGCUACUAAUAAAUGUAUUUUUUUGAA